AUGAGUAAUGGAAAACCGAAUGCACCUAUGGAUGUAUAUGUUCAUAACUGUUUGUGUUUGAGCUCAAUUUGGCUAACCUCUAAACCUAUGAUGGAGCUUGAAUCCUCAACCUGUAUGAUAGCAAUUCCUCUGAAUUAUAAGCUUCUUGUUAUUCUUUUCAAUCAGUCGCUAAGGUUAGGGUUUCUCUUUUGUUGUUUGUCAACAGAAACAGCAACAAUGUCGAAGAAAAUAACAUUGAAAGCAUCAGAUGGGGAGACAUUCGAGGUGGAAGAAGCGGUGGCCGCUUCGGUGUCUGAAACGAUCAUAUUUCUGAUCGAAGAUGGCUGCGCCGACAGCGUUAUCCCUGUUCCUAACGUCACCGGAAAGAUACUGUCUCUGGUUAUCGAGUAUGCCAAGAAACAUAACGAGACAACUGCUACUGAGGAAGAUAUUAAAAAUUGGGAUGCUGAUUUUAUCAAAGUUGACCAAAAUAUCCUCUUUGAUCUCGUCCUGGCUGCUAACUAUCUGAAAAUGAAGGAUUUGCUGGACUUGACUUGUCAAACAGUGGCUGAUAUGAUAAAGGUGCAGACGCCGGAGGAGCUUUGCCAGAUAUUCAACAUCACCAAUGAGUUUACCAAAGAGGAAGAAGCGGAGAUUUGUCGGGAGAACCAAUGGGCUUUUGAGUGAUAUAUUGUUCUGCUGCUGAUGCUCUUAUCAUUAAUAGAAUAGAGUAUUAUGUUUGAUUUGCUUAAUUAAGAUCAUAGGACUAAUUAUACCGAUUUCUUUCGUCGAAAACAAUUUAAUUUGGUGAGCAUUGUCAUCUGAAAUUUUAAGAUUUUCGUUGCUAUUUAAUGAAUGUUUCUUCAUAUGUCUUC